AUGGUAUCAGAGCGACAUCGCACUUACGCCACCGCCGCGGUUAUGGAUGCCGGAAACGGCGAAGACGAAUUCGACGAUCCUCUAUAUCUCCACAUUACGGAGAAUCCAAACCUAAUCCUUGUUUCACCUCCUUUAUCUGAGUGCAAUUAUGCUUCGUGGAGCAGAUCCAUGAAGAUUGCUUUGGGAGUAAAGAACAAAUUUGGAUUUGUGAACGGAGACAUUCCAAAUCCAGGUGAAGGAGACAUCAAAUACGCUAUCUGGAAGAGAUGUAAUGAUAUACUUUGUUCUUGGAUACUGAAAUCACUGAAUUCAACGAUAGCAGAGAGUGUUUUGUAUUUUGAAUUUGUGAAAUACAUUUGGAAGGCUCUUAAGAAGAGGUACUCACAAGCAGAUCCACACAGAAUUGCAGAAAUUCAGAAUGAAAUCUUUAAGAACAUGCAAGGUAACAUGACUAUCAAUGAAUACUUCACUAAAUGCAAUGCUCUAUGGGAACAAUUAAAUGCAAUGAGGCCUAUGCCUAUUUGUGAAUGCUUACCUAGAUGCUCAUGUAGUCUAAUGAGUAAAAUAAAGAAGGAUAGAGAGGAUGAUCAAGUCAUUAGAUUUCUGGAAGGGCUGAAUGAUGAAUUUGAAACCAUAAAAUCAGGUGUGUUAGUUAUGGAUCCUAUUCCUGCAAUGAAGAAAGUAUUGAAUAUGGCUCUAAAAUUGGAAAGAAAGCUUAAUGGUUCUGUUAGCCAUAGAAACAAUGAAAUUAUUCAGUCCAAUGCUGUUCAGAAUAGUUCAACUCAAAGCAUAGAUGAUCAAAACAUUGUGGUCGUGUCAGCCUCAUACAACAAGAAGAGAUUUAACAACAAUGGGGGAAGGAUUGUACUUACUCAUGGAUAUCCCCCUGGUUGGGUAGCUGGUUAUAAGAGCAAAAACAAGCAGGGUCAGGACAAUCAACAGACAGUAAGUGGCUCAGUAAACCAGGUUGGGGAUAUAGGACUUUCUGCUGAUCAGUUCCAGAGAUUGAUAUCCUUGUUGCAGAAUCAAAAUCAAGGACACCAGGCCUCCACUAGUGCAGCUGUGACAAUCAACAAGUCUGGAAUAAAAUCAGACUUCAAGAAUCUGCCAAAAGAAUCCCAAGAAGAUUUAGGAGCAACUGACCACAUUACAUGCUCCUUAGAAUAUUUUGAAAGAUAUCACAAAACUCAUGAUAUAUCAGUUCAGCUACCUAAUGGAAAAUCAUCAGUGGAAGUCACUCAUAUAGGGGAUAUCAGGCUCCAUUCUAAUUUGUUGUUGAAGAAUGGUCCAUAUGGGAUAAUUAGUGGUUUUGCUGAAGAAAAAGGUGGACUCUAUUUGCUUAAAGAUCCCCCCUACAAAAAGAGAAGCUCAGCAGCUUGA